AGAAACUAUUUUGUAUCUUGUCCAGAUCAAGGCAGUUGUUGUCAUUCAAGACAUUGUGGCUGAGACUGCAGUCAGAUCUUUUUUCUUUGGACUAUCAUCGAAGCUCCCCAAUCGGCGCCUGGAACGCGGCUGGGGCUGACCGACGAACUUCCAGACAAAGGGUUUGCAUGCGGUAGCGAGAAAUCUACGCUAAAUUUAAAUCGCUUUAUUUGCCAGCAGGAUUGUAUGGAAAUGCGGUUUAGUUAGUAGCUCGCCGCGGGGAACCAAGAUGGCACGAACUCUGAGUGGGUCCUGUGACUCUGCCCGGCAUUUCCCUUUCGCAACAGGUAAUGGAAAUAAGAAACGGCGAAGGCAGUCUGAGAUUGAUACCCCGUCUGAUCCUAAAAGUACGGACGAUGCAUCUGCUGCAGAUGGAGUGAGGCUGAAGAAGAAAUGCGUGGGCAGACGGACAAACGAGAAAACUCAUCGCUCAGCCUCUCCGAAGGGCGCGAGCAGGAAGUCUGAAUCAGGACGGCGCAAAGAGAAGCAACUGACUUCUCAUGACAACGACAGUCAAGGCGAGGAGAACGAAGGGGACUUUCCUCAGGCGGCAGAAGGCAGAGACAGCGACGUGGCUGACUUGGGAAAUGACGAUCAGUCAGUUACUUCGGAGGAGGCGGACGCUGCAGGGUCGGCCGGUGUGAAAGACAAACCCGUCAUGAGGAAGAAGCGGAAACGAAGAGAAUGUUGGACUAUAGAACAAGUGAGAGAAAGGAUGGCGGAACUGGUGGCGGAGCUUGAGAAUCGCAGUGAAAUGACCAAGUCUAGGCAGAAGAGACUUCGGGCGCGUCUUGCUCUCCUGGCCAAGGCUGAGCGAGGCGAAAUCAAGGUGGGGGGGCAGCUCGAGAAGUCGAAGAAGAAGCUCAAGGCUGCUCAACAAGCCAAACAGGGAGGAAAGGGGAAAUCAAAGAACCUGGCGAGCAAACGCGAUUCAACCAAGGGCACCCAGAAGCCACAUCUGGCGUCGAAGAAACUCACCGGUUCACAGAAGAAAAAGUUGAACAAAAUCUGCCUGCGAUGCAGAGAGAAGGGUCACGUGUUGGAGAAUUGCCCUCUCGCCCAAUCCAGCGCCACAGGGUCUUCUGCCGCGGAGAAUGUCGCGAAGCAAAGUGACGCCAAAGCGGGACCGCUCAUGAGCGGCAUUUGCUUCAACUGUGGAGCGACAGAUCACACGCUAAAGAAUUGCAAGAAAAAACGGAAACCACACGGAGCGCUACCGUUCGCAUUGUGCUUCAUCUGUGGCGAAAAAGGACACUUGUCUUCUGGUUGUCCUAAAUCGAAAACAGGCAAAUACCCUCAAGGGGGGUCGUGCCACACUUGUGGGUCGAUUUACCAUCUUCAAAUAGAGUGCCCCGAAUUCCAGCGCCAGCAGAAGGAGCGAUCAAACCAGGAAAAACAGAGUCGGGCGAAGGGCAAUUCACGAGGUCGAACUGAAAACAGGAACGAGAACAAACAAAAGAUGCAAACAACGGAACGAGGAAGUGCAACUGGAGGGAAGGUUCACAGAAAAAUCCAAGAGCCUGAUCCAGACGAGUUCUGGAUGGGACAGAGCGCCUAGCUUUUCGACUGUUUGACAGCAGCCUCCUUUUUUUGCCAUAAGAAGUUCCCCGACUUUGUAACGGGGUGAGACAAUUUUUCGGGACACUGUUGUUCGACCCGUCUCUCUUCUGAACCGGUCUCUUGCUCCGUACAACCGUGGACUUAUCUGGAGGGAAGUGAACGGGGAAAGCUUAUGCUGUGACCAAAAAGAGACACCUGAGGCUUCGAACAGGUCGAAUAUUCAAC